CCAAGAUGGCUGAGCCGGGGUCGGAUGCGAGGAUGCUCCUGGAUCUUCUGGCUAAGUUCGCGGUGGAUAAGCUGGAUGAUGCCUGGAUAAAGAAAGUUAUUGACGCAGACUUCACGGAGGUGGAGGACCUGCCGCCAGAAUACGAGGAACAUCACUACAGCACCAACCUGAGCGGUCUCUUCAGUGCCGUCGUCGGCUGCUGUCGUCAGUGGGUUGACACUCUGCCUCCCAUCUGCGCCGACGACACCGACAGGAAGCUCUCCGUGUCGAGCCUCGCGGCCUCCGAGGACACCGCCAAGCUCUCCGUGUCGAGCCUCGCGGCCUCCGAGGACACCGCCAAGCUCUCCGUGUCGAGCCUCGCGGCCUCCGAGGACACCGCCAUCCACACCAGGUUCUGGAUUGACCUGUCCGAGGACGUGAAGGGUCUGAUGGCACUGUUGUUUUACUACAGUUCUCGGGGCCAGAGGUACGACGCUGGGGAGGAGGACCGGGAGCUGGGUAUCCAGGCCGCCAGCCUCUACUUCCUACUCCUCUGUAUCCCCGGCAGUAAUGCCUUCAGAGUGUUUCACCCCGUCAUGUAUCUCAAGACCCUCGAUAUCAUGCGUCUCACAACAAAAUUGAGAGUUGGUGCGUCGACCCAUAAGAAAGGUCGACAGGGCACGGUGCGUGGGAUUCAGCGUAAGUCCUAUGAUGAGCAUUUGAUGGUCGAUGCUGAUGAUGACGAUGAAGCAGAAAUGGCAAUGCUAACCCCGAAUGAAGCAAGUAAACUGAUCAGAUCAUUGAAUAUUCUCCUUAAUGAUUUUCUCAGAUUUACCCAAAAAUUCUCAUUGAAGCAUUCUGCAGAAUCACUAGAUGAGACCAUUAGUAUACUGAUAGACGUGUCUCGAUGUGAGACUAAUAAUGCUCAGGGAAUAUUUAUUGGAAGACAUGGACCAGGAACAGUGGCAGCAUUAGCAUACAAUGCUUAUGUUGCUCUUCAGUCUAUAUGUAAUUCUAUUCAUGGCAAAGUUAAGAAAAUAGUUAUCAUAAUUAUGAAGCACAUCAUGUACAGCAUCCUCAUGAUCUCCCGUGGACUGUCAGACUUGUCGGCUCGUUCCUUGGGAGUAAUUCGGGACCACUCACAAAUUUUUGUAAAAUAUAUAUUGACCCAAAUAAAACAAGACGCAUAUGACGGGGUGUACAUCCUUAUUCAGCACCUUUGCAUCCGUGUGCCUGAUAAGGCAGAGUUUCGGCAGAAAACUGCUCAAUCUGUGGUGGAAAUUUUGCGUUAUCUUCCCAUUCAACUCUACACACGUCUUGUGAAGUGGUUUUUCAAGUUCUCUCACAAUGAGAAAGCAGGUCAUAGGCUAUUUAUGCUCGAGGUAAUAUCCAAAAUGUUGGGAGAGGAGGAACGACAGGCUGAAGGGGAGGCUGGAACUACCAAAGACGGGAAUCAAGAAAAUUUUCCUAAGGAGUCGGAGCCAAAGGCAGUUACAGAGAGGGGUUCUGAUAAUGAUGAUGACGAAGAUGAAAAGGAGGAAGGGGAUAAAGAAAUCAGCUUUCUUAAUGUUUCUAUAGAUCAUCCAGGGGAAAUCCCUCCAGAUCGCAACAUUCUUUCCCACAAGUUUUUGCUAAGUAUAAUUUUCUCAAGGUGCCGUGACAGUGCUGCAACUGUACGAUCAAAGGCUCUUGCUCUGCUAGCAGACUGCACCUUCUCCACCAACCCUACAAUAAUGCUUGCCAUGAAACAAAUUUUUUUCCGCAGCCGGCCAAUGUUUUCAACCCCACGUAUUCCAAGUAAUGAUUUAGAAUUGGAAUCGCCACUUGAUCUUGUGGAAGAGGAAGACCUGGAGCUCCCCAAUGCUGCAAGAGUUGUAUCAAUGUUACAUAGACGAGCCCUAGAUGACAAAGUUACAGUGCGAAAGUCUGCUCUACAAGUGUUGGAAAAUUUAAUGCGUCUGGAUAAUGAGAUGCUUUCAGACAAGAAUCUAGAGGUGCUAGCAGAACACUGUCGAGAUCCAGCACUGCUUGUGAGGAAGCAGAUAAUUACUUCUUUGUCAACACUUGUCACUUGUUACCCUCAGCAUGAGGCUGUCAUCACCGUGUGGAUUAAGGGGGUUUUGCCACUUAUCCUUGAUCCUGAAAUAAAAGUUCAGGAGCGUGUUGUAGAGGUUCUUGAUCAACUGCUGUUCAAGCGUUUAUUGGUUCAUGGACAUCCUCAGUCUGAGACGUCAGAGAACAGACUUCCUUGGCGCAUACUUAGUAUCAUCACAAAACACAGCUUUCACAAGUUCUUCAACAAAGCUCUUCUUAUGUGGUCCAAGUCAGAAUAUUUGAGGCCACAGGUAAUGAGCAUUGCACGAACUCAUAUUGGGAAGGAAAACAACGAAGAGGUGUGGACGUUGCUGGCACUCAUUUCAAAUUAUGUCACGGUUAAGGAUGCCACCUUUGCUGUGGAUUACUUUGAAGAACAAUGCCAAAUCAAUUCAGAGGUGGGAUCAUACACUCUUCUUCAAGUGUUAAAAGUGUUAAGUAACAGUAUCAAGCACAUACCUGGAAAUCGUGCAGAGGCCUUGCAACAACAGCUGUUGGAACCUCUCACUAACUUCUCUGUCGGAGCUGAACUCAUUUCCCACAUGAUGGAUACUAUAACUCUUCUCAGCUACAGUCUUCAUGGUGAUAAUAUGGAAGGCCAAAAAGUCAUAGAGAAAUGGGCAGCACCAAUCCUCAAGGCUUGUGAUGAACACCUUAAAUACGUCCUGUUCGAGAAGGCUGAGCCACUGGACAGUGUCGGGGAGGAGAUACUUUUCAGGUACUUGUUCACCUUGGGGGAGGCAUCUAUGCUGUGUCCACAGAAAGUAAACAAUAGGAUGUUCCUCAUGCUUCAGAGCCUCAUUUUCCACCAGCCUGGAGAAAAGUCUGCCCUCACAGCUGUCCCGUCCUCGCAGAUGCACACCUCUCAACCCACCAUGAUUACCUUUACACCCACCAUACGGGUCAAGGCACUAGCUGUGGUCACUUUGGGCAAGAUGUGUCUGCAACAAGAGGACCAAGCUAAACGUAUCAUUCCUGCCAUGGGCAAGAUGCUCGAUGUGACCAAAUAUCCAGCUCUCAAGAUAAAUAUUGUCUUCACCUUGUCUGACAUGUGUGUCAGGUAUGCAACAUUAGUUGAUCCUUUGAUGCCUCAGGUCACUGCCUGUCUUCGUGAUCCAGACAUUAAUGUUCGCCGCACCACGUUGACUCUCCUCAUCAACCUGUUACAAGAAGAUUACCUCAAGCUAAGAGGAUCAUUCUUUUAUAGAAUUUUACAGUGUCUUACUGAUGAGCACGAGGAUAUUCGCAGCACUGUCGUCUUCUACAUAACAGAACGUUUGCUGAAACGCUUCCCUAAAAUUUUAUGCCAGCACUUCAUUGAAUGCAUCUUCCACUACAAUUGUUAUGAGGAGCAUGAAACUUACAACAGAUUUACACAGAGCUCUGUUGAGAAGGAAUUGUUCUCCCUCUCUGGAAAAGAACACUUGAGAGAACGUCACACGAUAUACCGCUUCAUGCUGGAUCACAUGCCGGAUGACCAGCGUUUUACUACAACCCAGCGACUUUGUCAAGACAUUCUUGGUGGAAUAGUUAAUGGUCGUAUCAAACUGACCUUCACUAGCCAGCCCAUGUUAGAAGACACACUCACAGUGCUCAGCAGUGAUGAGAUAAAGCUUGCUUCAUUGAAAUCCAGACCAGAGGACAUUGAUCAACCCACAGACCAGGCAGAGCAAGCAGCUAUGGCGGGGAUGGUCAUAAAGAAGACGAUUAUCUCUCAGGUGGUGAAGAGAAAUGUAAUUGAAAAUAUUGUUCCCAUCUUAAUUGCUGUCAAACACAAGCUGGAAAAGCAUCGUUCACCACUGAUGAAACAUCUUUUGCUCUAUCUGAAGGAGAUUAUGAGGGAUUACAAAAAUGAGGUGAAAGAAAUUCUAGCUGGGGACAAGCAGUUGGCAAAGGAAAUUGAAUUUGAUUUGCGUCGGCUUGAUCAAGAACAACGAGAAGAAGAGGAGGAAGAAGGAAAUGAAAAAGAAUUAGCAGGAGGUGAUGAGGAAGGUGACAACGAUCUCAUGCAAACUGACAGCCAAGAGAGUGCUGCAAAUGGUUGUCAGGGAUCAAUGGGUUCCUCCCCUAACAGUGAAGAACAAAUUGAUGACCCUAAGAGUGCUGCAAAUGGUUGUCAGGGAUCAAUGGGUUCCUCCCCUAACAGUGAAGAGCAAAUUGAUGACCCUAAGAGUGCUGCAAAUGGUUGUCAGGGAUCAAUGGGUUCCUCCCCUAACAGUGAAGAACAAAUUGAUGACCCUAAGAGUGCUGCAAAUGGUUGUCAGGGAUCAAUGGGUUCCUCCCCUAACAGUGAAGAGCAAAUUGAUGACCCUAAGAGUGCUGUAAAUGGUUGUCGGGGAUCAUUGGGUUCCUCCCCUAACAGUGAAGAACAAAUUGAUGACCCUAAGAGUGCUGUAAAUGGUUGUCGGGGAUCAUUGGGUUCCUCCCCUAGCAGUGAAGAACAAAUUGACAACCAAGAGAGUGCUGCUAAAGGUUGUCAAAGAUCAUUGGAUUCCUCCCUUGCACUCGCAGCACAAAUGUUGAUCCCGAACAAGACAACAUCAGCCUCUAGUUCAUUGUCAGUCAGUAAAAUCACACCAACUUCUAGAAAAGAGCUACAUAAGCAAGUUGUACUUAAGAGCAAAGUUUUAAUGGCUAAGAGGAAAAGAAUUGUUAUUCGUUCAUGUAACUUUUGUGGUGAUGGCUCACAUGCAUCAUCAAGCAUGAUAGAACAACAAAGAGAAAAUGUCAGUGACUUGAGCAAAAAGGGGAGUGAAAGGGUCAUGUUGAAGACACCAAAGAAUGACAAAAGUUACUCACGUAAAAAAGAAGAGGACAAGAUAACACAUUCUCCUCAAAAUAUCAAAAGCCGGGAGAAAUGGUUGAGAGCUAUUAGCACUCCACCUGCUGAGAUAAGUGUUAUAAGUAAUAUCACAUUUGUGGAUGAAACACAAGCCAGUGCCAUUAGCCUAGAUUCAACUACCUCAAACAUCAAUAGACAAAGAGAUGUCACACACCCAAAGUUACUACUUCAUCUUCAGAAGCCAGAAACUUAUGCUAAAAAUUUAGACAUCAGCUGUAUACGCAGAUCCACCAGAAGUCUUCGUUCACAAAUAGUGAAGAAAAUUUCUGAAGCUUAUGGUAAAGAUUUAGACUCAAACAGCAUACGCAGAUCCACUAGGAGUCUCAGUUUAGAAAUUGCAAAGAAAGGUCGUAAAUCUUAUGCAAAUGAUUCAUUAUUAACCUACAUAUGCCAAUCCCCUAAAAUAAGUCUCAUCUCAGAAAUGAAGAAGAAAAAAAGUACUGAAACUUAUGCUAAGGAUUUAGGUUUAAGCCGCACACAGCGAUCCACAAGAAGAAGCCUUAGUUCAGAAACUUCAAAGACAAGUUCUAAAACUUAUGCAAAAGAUUCGGAAUUAUGCCACAUAUGCCGACCCAUUAAAACAAGUCAUUUCUCAGAAAUGAAGAAGAAAAGUCCUCAAGCUUAUGCUAAAGAUUUAGAUGUAAGCUACACUCAGCGAUCCACAAGAAGAAGCUUUAGUUCAGAAACUUCAAAGACAAGUCCUAAAGCUUAUACAAAAGAUUCAGCAUUAUGCCACAUAUGCCGCCCCACUAAAACAAGUUUUACCUCAGAAAUGAAGAAGAAAAGUCCUCAGGCUUGUGCUAAAGAUUUAGAUGUAAGCUACUCACAGCGAUCCACAAGCAGAAGCCUCAAUUCAGAAGCUUCAAAGGAAAGUCCUAAAUCAUUUGCAAAAGAUUCAGAAUUAAGUUGCAUACGACGAUCCACUAAAAGAAGUCUCUGUUCAGAAACUGCAAAUGAGAGUGCUAAAUCUCAUACAAAAGAUUCAGACUACAAACACAUAUACCACUCCAUUAACAGAAGUCUCAAUUCCAAAAUUAUAAGAAAAAGUCUUGCAGUUUUCAUAAAAGAUUCAAAUUUGAACUGCACACACCACUUUACUAGAAGAAGUUUCAGUAAAGAAAUUACAAAGACAAAGAAAAAUAUUGGAGUCCAUGAAAAAGAUUUCGAUUGUAACUGCGUGUACCGCUCUACUAGAAGAAGCCUCAGCUCAGCAAAGAUAAAGACUAGUAAAGAUAUUCCCCAGAAAGUACAGAAGUCAGAAAGUCAUUUUGAAUCGUAUUCAAGUGUAGCAACAGGUAUUGUGAGCAAGCCUGAUAAUUCUAGCAGCAAAUCUGGAGCAUCAGCCAGAUAUACUCAUAAGAGACAAAAACCAGAAACUCGUAGUCAAUGUAAACGUACAAGGGGAAUGGCAUCCCUCACCCCUGAUCCUAUCACUACCCAAGCUUACAGAGAAGCAGCAAAGUCUGAUAGAAAAAGAAGUAAAAGGAGUAAAUAAUGAGAAUGAUAUUUACAAAAUUUUGUAAAUGUUGUUAUACUGAAUUUUUUUUUAUACUGCUUAAAAUUAAAUUCAUGUAAUAUUCAUGUUAAUUUGUUGAGAUGUUGGAUAAAACCUCAGCAGUUUCUUAAUACUUCAACCCGGAAGCAUUCAAACCUUUGGAAACACACCAGGACCCUUUGACCAAUGAGUGCCUAACAGAGACCAGGAUCAGAAUCUGGCCAACUCAAAGAGAAGAGGAGGAGCCUGGGAAUCAGAGAUCAUCACAGAACUGAUCAAAGGACCACCAGAAACUCAAAUACUCCAAAACAAGCAACUGUAUGGAGAACAUUGUAACCCUGGUGAAACAAUGCAAACAAUAAUUUCUGUAGCGAAAACACUGCCUAGAAAUGUUGUCAUCUCUUCACUUUCUAGUGUGCAGUUUGGUCAACACUGCCUAGAUUCACAAUCCCACUACCAGUGGUAGCCAAGUAAGUAAGUAAUUAUCAAAGAAGGCACCAAGCCAGAAGGCUAUAUAGCACUAUCAAAUGUGCAGAAUAAUCAGAGGGCACUAAAUAUCACUAAGGAUGCCAUUAUGAGAACAGAAAUGC